AUGGAGAACGUCUUUGUUCGUACCGCACCUUCUUUAAAGCCCUUGUUAUGGAGCGUAUUCCUGAAUACUCUGACCCAGCUUAUGGACCUCCUCAACAGCCAAGAGGGUCUCCUUCUCGCCCGCCAGCUAUGCAAAACUCUGCAGGGCAGCACGCAUCCCAAGGUCGCCCCCGGUCUGCAACUCACUCCCAACCACACAAAGUUUCGCAACCUGCGGGUGAGCAAGAUCCCGGGAGGCGACCCUGUUCAAUUAUUCCUUCUGAUCAUCAACAGCAGCGCCAAUCUUCCAUUCGAUCUCAACAGCAGCACUCCUCCCCAAAGCAUACAGGUAAACAAUCCGCCGUCGAUCGGCCCCGCUCCGCUGUCGCUUCCGAACAUGGAUCAAAACGUGGGCCCCAACAGAAGUCCGCUCAUCCAUCUAACCACUCGCCAGAGCACGCCUCCAGGCCUCCAUCGAUGCAUCAUUCUAAAUCUAGAGCACACACGAAUUCUGAGCACCACUCUCACCUCAAGCCCCACCAUGGUCCCGAACACCGCUCCCAUGUUAGUUCCAAGCACCAACCUGAGCACCAUUCUCAUGUCGAACGUCCUCGAUCAUCGGCCCAACACUCGCAGUACAGCCGUGGGAUUAGAAGCAGCACCGCUCACGAAUCCGCAAGGCAUUCGAGCAUGCAUAGUGAGAGUCCCGGACCCGCGAGCCGAAUCAGCAACCCCCGCUCGGAGCGACAUAUGCAGGAUGCAAGUAGACGUAGUGAAGGCGAAAAGUCAAGAUUUUCGCAAGCUUCAAGACGAAGCGACAGGAGGAGUGAUCUGGCGUUUCAAGAGGCAAUGGAGGGAGAUGUAG